CGUACCGUCCAUAUCCUCAUCCUCAUCGUCUUCGCCAGCGUCUUCCCAGCCCUCGCUCUCUUCGUCUUCGCCUGUCGAUGGUCCCAGGAUGCUGUUCAGCGAACCGAGAAGUUCCUCAGUAUGACUUUUCAGCCGCUCGUCCUCGUAUUCGAGCAGUGAAUAUAAUUUCAGGCAAUUUUCUAGCCAGUCACGGCUAGCGCGCCUCAGCGAUGAACUCGUAUCGUGGUCUUUGGCUUUCUGCUUUUCGGCGAGGAGGUGCAAGCACCAGCCUCCCAAGUACCAUGCUUCCACACUGCCAUCGUUUUCACCAAUCAAUCUCUCGAGCACCUCGAUGGCUUCAUCUUCCAUCUCAGCCUCCAUGAGCAAGCGAGAUAAGCUGAUCCGCGUCGAAUAAUCGGGGACAUUGGCGUCAUCUGGAUCCAGGUCCUUCCACAAGUCUAUGCUUCUUGUGAGGGCUGCUUUAGCAUCGUCGACCCGAAGCUGAGAGAUCCGCACAGAUGCGAGGGUCUGAAGUGGUUCUGGACUUUCAGGUGCGAUGAGGAGCGCUUCCGUGACGGCGGCAUCACAGCGGAUCUCGGCUUCUUCUUCCCACGAGAGAUCCGUCAUGUAAACCUCGGCAAUACCGCAUAGCGCUGUCGCCACUUUCUGUUUCUUUUCUUCCAUUACCUCGAGAGAAUCGGUCGUCUUUGUUGCCUGUCCCUGCAGUUCGUCCAUCUCGCGCUUGAGCACAGCAAUACCCUUUUCAAACCACCGCACACUGACGUUGCCCCCCUCUUCAUUGAGCUGUGCAAGCCAAAGGAACUUUUCAGCGCCGUCGUGUUCGCCCUCUGGGUCCAAUGCGAUAGCUGCCAGAAAUGACUCGCGAGCAGCUUCUGGAUCUCCAAGUUCGAUAUUGACUUCGCCGAGGAGGUUCAACGCCGGCAAAGCAGCCAGCGUUGGCUCAUCGGUAGGUUGGAGCAGGUUCAACGCUCUCCGGGCCGAGACAAGAGCGUCUUCGGGUUGUGAGGUUUGCAGGAAGGACGCAGCUUGAAGGAGCAAGGACUCCGGAGAAGCUUUUGGUUUCUUGGGCGUGCCGCUGGAUGUGCUGUUUCUCGACACAGUCUUCGCUUUACGGGCACGAUUUUGGGGCUUCGUCUUGGCCAUGUUGGCUUGUUUUGACAGGGCGAUGUGAGGUUGAAGUGUUCCAGGGAAAGAGUGCAGAGGUUGAUUUGAUCCAGCCAAAAUAAUUUCCCGCACGGGCCUUUUUUCCAACGUGGGGUGGGAAGCACCCCGCCGAAUCAGCAUUGCAUCUUCAAUAACCGCAUCCCUAAGCUGUUGCACGUAGACACUCGUUGAGCCAACAACAUUACCCGUAGCCGCCACAAUGGGAAUCGAAGAGCAAAGAGAGGAACGUGAAGUGCUCGACUCAAUCUUUCCCGAAGAGAUAACAGACAUCUCCGAAACCGAGUUCCGAAUUUCAAUACAACUCGAGAUCACUAAUGAAGAAGGUGACGACUCGGAAUCACCGACCAUCAUCCUCAAUGUUCGUUACGCUCCCAAUUAUCCCGAUGAAGCGCCCGAUCUCGACUUGACCCAGCCACCCAAUGCUCCGAAACACCCCUACCUGGAUAUACAGGAAGACAAGUCCAGGCUUCUCGCGUCUCUCUCCGAAACCAUCACCGACAAUCUCGGUAUGCAGAUGAUUUUCACGCUCGUCAUGGCUGUGAAGGAUAGCGCCGAACUCCUCGUGUCCGAGCGUCAGAACGCUAAGCAGGUCCUGAAAGAGAUAGAAGCGCAAAAGGCCGAAGAAGAAGAGAACAGGAAGUUCCAAGGUGAAGCUGUUACGAGGGAGAGUUUUCUCAAGUGGCGUGAAGGGUUUCGGAAAGAGAUGGCCGAGGAGCGCAGGAGAAAAGAGGAGGCUGAGCUGGAAGACAAGAAAAAAGUCGGCAAAAAGGAAGAGAAGAAGUUGACGGGGAAAGAGCUAUGGCAGCAAGGCCUAGUAGGCAAGGGCGACAUGGAAUACGAAGACGGCGAAGACGCGUUGGAAGGGAUGGACAAGUUGAAGAUUGAAGCAGCCUCAUAA